AUGGGUAGAGGGAGGGUUGAACUGAAGAGGAUAGAGAACAAAAUCAACAGGCAGGUGACUUUCUCAAAAAGAAGGAACGGUCUGAUGAAGAAAGCUUAUGAACUGUCAGUCCUUUGUGAUGCUGAGGUUGCUCUUAUCAUUUUCUCUGGCCGUGGCAAGCUCUAUGAAUUCGGAAGUGCUGGCAUUACUAAGACCCUGGAACGAUACCAGAGGUGCACUUUUACUUCUCAAGACACCAAUGUUCUUGAACUUGAAACCCAGAGCUGGUGCCAAGAGGUGUCAAAGCUAAAGGCAAAGUAUGAGGCUCUUCAGAGGACUCAAAGGCAUUUGCUUGGGGAAGAUCUUGGACCACUGAAUGUGAAAGAGCUUCAGAAUCUGGAGAAGCAGCUUGAAGGAGCUCUAGCUCAAGCCAGGCAAAGGAAGACAGAGAUUAUGAUAGAACAAAUGGAAGAUCUGCGCAGAAAGGAACGGCAUCUGGGAGACAUCAAUGAGCAACUAAGACUGAAGGUGGAAGGAGAGGGAUAUAAUAUUAAUGUGUGGAGGUGUGAGUCGGAGUCAGCAGGGGGUGUGGCUGCCCAUCCAAACUUUGCCUUCCAGCCUUCUCCUCACACCAACCCUAACCCUCUGGAUUGUCCUCCCCACCCUUUCCUGCAUAUUGGGUACCAUAAUCAUCAGUACGUUGAAGCAGCAGAAACAUCCAAUAAUGCUGCUUCCAAGGCCAUGGCUGCUGAAACUAACUUCAUGCAGGGAUGGCUUCUCUGA